GGAACGCGUUUGAUGGCCGGCGUCAUACCCCUUCUUCCAUUAGACUCUUUCCCCUCUUUCUUUAAUUUCAACUCCAUUUCCACAACAACUCCAUUCCCCACGCACCACACAUGCAUUGCCUCCUUUCCUAACAAUUAACCACCUUUGGCAACCACUUUUCGUCUCCAUAUCUCUCUCUGCCUCUCCAUUCCUCAUCUGCCUUUUGUUGUUGUACGUUAAUCCUCUCAAUCACUUCGUUUUCGCAAUUAGCUUCACCCCUUUUGGUUUUACGUCGAUCGAUAGCAAUAAUGGACAGAGCAGAGCUCCAACGGGUUUUCCAGAUGUUCGACCGGAACGGCGACGGCCGCAUCACCAAGCAGGAGCUGAGUCACUCGCUAGAGAAUCUCGGCAUCUUCAUCCCCGACAAGGACUUGCACCAGAUGAUAGACAAGAUCGACGCCAAUGGAGAUGGGUUUGUAGACAUCGACGAGUUCGGGGCGUUGUACCAGAACCUGAUGGACGAGAGGGACGAGGACCCGGAGGAGGACAUGAGGGAAGCGUUCAAUGUGUUUGAUCAGAACGGCGAUGGUUUCAUCACGGUUGACGAGUUGAGGUCGGUGUUGGCUUCCUUGGGGCUCAAGCAAGGGAGGACGUUGGAGGAUUGCAAGAUUAUGAUAAAGAAGGUGGAUGUGGAUGGAGAUGGGAGGGUGAAUUUCAAGGAGUUUAAGCAGAUGAUGAAGGGUGGUGGCUUUGCUGCUUUGAGUUCAAAUUAAUGUAAUUUCCAUGGGAGGAUUUGUUAGAGAAGAAGAGCAGCCUUUGUAUAAAGGAUUUAGAGGUCUCUCUCUUGUGUAAUUUUAUCAAAAGAAAAACAAAUUCUUUCAUUUCA